AUGGCUUCCCCUGAUGAUGUCGUUUCGCACACUGCCUUCAAUGCUCUCCAAAUCGGCCUUCCCAGUUCGUCAUGGCUAGGGUUCUGCGUUUUUGGGACUCCAAUAACAUCAAGAAGCAAGGCGAGUUUAUGGGGAUCACGCUUCUUCUACUUUAUGAAAAGUCCUCGACAUCGUCCCGUGAUCAACAAACAAAAAAUCAUGCUGAGACAAUAUGAUCAUCUGCAGUCUCUAUCAAACACUAACUUGGAACUUCCAGAUGUUGUUGGGCCGGUUCAUUCAGUCCAAGGGUCUGAUCUUGAGGACGCAGGAGUGAUGACUCGAGUUGUCGUCCGCUUCAUGACUGCACCGUCGGUGGUGGUGUAUCUCUCUUUAUGGGAUGAGGCUGCCGGAAUGUUUAGGGGUAUCAUCGCCUCAAGCGACAAAACUAAAACUGUCAUGACUGUGAAUCCCAAACUCUUUGGAGGAAACCUGUAUUUCAACUCCACACCCGGAACGAAAUUUUACUUCACCCAGAAUACAAUUUUGAAACAUGUAAACCAGCUUAUGACUGGUGGUGUUAUCGAGGAACUCCCAGAAUGUCUUACCGAGCUUGCUGGGAAAGAGUAUGUAUUCUAG